GUUUGUUUUAAUCUAUCAUUCUUAUAGUGCAUGUUUCGGCAACAAACUUACGAUGGUUCGAGUUGAGCACUUUUGGCAGGACAAUAGGAGGCUUAUUUAUGAUAUACGUUCUCUUGAAAACAUUACCAUCUCAAGCCAUGUAGGCACCUUUCACAACAAGCUCAAUAAAGCAUUGCAUGAAAAGUACAUGGAACUUCUUCAUAAGUUCGAAAAUCGCUUUCCUAAAAUAAUAACUGCUACUCACUUUUUGUAUUGGAGUUUCAUAAGAACUAAGAUCGCGAAGAACUAUUUGGAGAUGGAGGACACAUUUGGUGGUAAAUUGUACUCUGAUAAACGUAAAAGCUUAAGCCAAUGAAAUCGUGUAUCCUUGUGUGAAUAGCAAUGGAACUUGUUUAACUGUUGAUUCCCUCAUCCAAAAGAUGACUAUCAGAGAUUCAUUGGAGGCAAAGGUUUUUUCAUCCAGCGAGAUAGUUCUUUUCAAUAUGAUUGCUGGUGUUUUGCAAAUAUUGUUCAAUGUACUGGCUGUCAUACACGUUACAAAUAUCACAAAUAAACAGUCUUUUCCGACUUACAAGGAUCCUAUGCACUGGCUUUCUUGUGCCCAAAAGGUUUACAAGCUAUAUACACAGCGAAGUCCAUCUAACACUGGUCCAGAAUUUUUGGAUACAUUAUUAAAUUCAGAAUCAAAUUGGAUACAUGAAUUCCAAGAGUCUGGAGGCCUCAACAAACAGAAUCUGUCGGUGUGCCGCUUAAUGCUUGAACAUGAAUACACAAAAACCAUAUUUUUAGUUGCACAAGUGCAUCAGUUAGUUGGGAAACGGGCUCAAUCGGCUGAUUAUUGUCAGUUAACUUUGUUACGUCAACUAAAAUUCUGCAAAUCUUUCAAAAAAGCUGUUAAUAGCCCUUUUCGUUUACAAAAUAAUAUAAUUCGUAUCAAAUCAGCCCAUUCACUUAGAGAUUUGGAAAAUAGAAAACUUUCUAAACGACAUCCAUGUUAUCAUUUUCAUACCUUCGAUCCUAUAGAAUGGGCUACAAAUGCUGUUGCCUUAAGUGACUAUUUCUCAUCAGUUGAAAAUCAAAAUAACUGCUACUAUAAAACAUUCGAGUGUUUAUUAUCAGCUAUUCAUGUUGUGGAAGAAGCUAGGCUUGAAGGCAACAUCCCAUCCAGUCAAAUAGACAAUACUCUUGCAAACAUUUAUAGAGAUCUAGUAAAAAUCAGUCUUGAUCUACUUGAGAAAGGUACAAAACAAUAUGGGAACUUAGUUGAUGAAAAAUUAACCAGUGAAGACGCAGAGUUUAAGAAAUCUGAGGAAUUACAAAGCGUUACUAAGUUUGGAUCAAUGUUUAAUUUGGAGCUACAACCAAUAAUGACUGAAUUAUUAGACUAUAAUUUUAAUGUAAAAAGUUCGAUUUCAAAUGUGAUCCCAUGGAAUAACGAUUUUAUUUACAAGUUAGUUAGACCACCUACAAAUUAUGAAACAGCUUCUGGAAUAUUUCGCAUUAUAUUAAAUUGUAUAAUGAAAGCUGAAAAUUUUUAUACACUACAAAAUCAUUGCAUUGAUGCAAUUGGUUUGAUUCAAGAUCGAAGUAAAGCUUAUCGCCUGAUGGCUGUUUUUGAAAAGAACAUCAGUAGACAGUGUUGUAUGCAUAAACGACGAAUAGACAUGUUAAAUAAUGUAUUAGGACAAUUAAAUCCAAAUCACUAUUUACACUUAUGUCGCCAGUUAACAUUUGAACUAGCAGAAGCUUUGAGUACAUUACGUGAUUUGAAAAGGAAACUACUGGAUGAGAUCCCACUAAAAGAAUGUCACGUUUUGGCACACUAUGCGCGGAAGUCAGAUGAUCUUACAAAACGUGCAAUAUCUGUUUAUCGAAAUUUCUUAGAAUUAUACGGAGUUCAUUCUGGAACGACAAUAAAUUGCAGUGACGAUGAUAUAAAACCACUGAUCGUGACCUGUCUUCAUACUGCUCGGCUUUAUUCUCAACUUAUUUCGACCUGUACUGCAGAGAAAAUUCAAAACUUAACAAAAGCUUUGGAAUUUUAUGUACAGCUAGUCGCUCUUGCAGAAAACCAUAUACAACGUGAUGUCUCUACGGCAAUCAAAGAUUGUGAGGAAUUAAGAAUAGCUAAAGAAAUGGUCGUUUUAAUACCAGUUAAACUCACUCGACUGUCUCGAGGCGAAAUAUUACCUGACUAGUCAAAAACCAGGCAAAUAACUGUCCCUCAUUUAAUGUACAUAAAUUUUGCACUGAAUUUUAUUCGUGUAACCAAUUGUGAAAUAAAUAUUACCAGGUCUGUGUUUAAGUACUAUAACAUUUGUCCUGCAAGCAGUUUUUUGUACCAUGCUCAUCGCAGUCAAAACAAGUCUUAAUAUCCUGGUCUCUCUUUUAUUAUUUAUUAAGUUCAGUAAAGAGUGGGUUUAAU